AUGGAUGGUGACGUACCAGACAAGAUUUAUCCCAAAAUUGGCGGAUACAGCAUUCGCGAUUGCAUUGGGGGAGGAGGCUUCUCUCGGGUAUUUCGCGCCAUUAAUUACGAGACUCGCGCAACUGCCGCAUGCAAAGUCGUGCUGAUUACAUCAGACACACCAUCUGCCCAAAGGAAAGACCUCGAAAAGGAAAUCAAGGUUCACUCAUUACUGAAGCAUAUUAAUGUGUUGGAGUUCUUACGGUAUAAGACGGUUGAAGAAGCAGAGUCUUCAAAAUAUGUUCCUGGGGUCUACAUGUUACUCGAGCUGGCGUCGGGUGGCGAUUUGUUUGACAAAAUUGCUCCCGAUGUUGGGGUGGACAUGGAUCUUGCACGAUUCUACUUCACUCAGCUGAUAGCUGGAGUCGAAUUCAUUCACUCGCAGGGCGUAUGCCAUCGAGACUUGAAACCUGAAAACCUGUUGUUGAACUUGGAGGGGCGAUUGAAAAUAAGUGACUUUGGGCUGUGUUCAGUCUUCAAAUACAAAGAACGUACCCGAAUGCUGAGCGAACGAUGCGGGAGCUUGCCUUAUGUUGCUCCUGAGCUCAGCACAAGCGAACCGUACGCGGCUGAACCUGUUGAUGUGUGGGGGACUGGUGUAAUCCUAUUUACAUUACUAGUCGGUAAUACUCCGUGGGAUGAGCCGACAGCAAACAGCCCCGAGUUUGUAUCCUACGCCCGAGAGGCAUUGGCCUUCUUGAGGACUAUUUUAACCAUUACGCCUAAAAAGCGAGCUACAAUUGCCCAGAUUAAGUCUCACUCUUGGUUCAAUCAACCCUCGCACGUCGAACGAACCAAUCCACAGGCAUUAGCUGAGCGGCUUACGCAGAACUUAAGAAAAGCUGGUGAUCUUAGCAUUGCUGCACCAGAUCCAGCUGAUCUGGGAGUGCCUGGCUCGGACAUGGAUGUCGAUUCCCAAGAAGCUGGCGAUAGGAUGAUGACCUUGACUAAUGCCACACAAUUCACCCGAAGUUUAUUGUUAUUCUCCCAAACUCAAGGGGGGACAAGAUACACACCCGCCUUGACCCGGUUUUACGCUGCAUUGUCACCCGACGAAUUUCUUCCUAUUCUCGUGACAGCACUCCAGGGAGACGGUGUGAAGUGUGCAAAGGGUGAUGAUAAUUCGAAUCCGGAACAUCCCGGCCGCGUAUCUUUCCGUAUAGGUGGACUUGACCGACGAAGGGAGCAAUUCCGCGGUACGAUCGAAUUGGAGCCUUUCAGGCUUGUGGAUCGCGGAUUGGACGGUUCGUUUGUGGUCAUGACUCGAGAGCGUGGUAACCCUCUAUCAUGGCGCCAGCUGUGGAAACAGACCAUCCUGAAUGAUGUAGUAAAGCGACAUGUGCUUAUGAAAAGUCACUAA